AUGCCGCGAAGGCGAAAACAAAGAAGACCACCAGUUCCCUCUCGGUCAUUCGCAGAAGAAUGGGAACCUAUAAUCACUACUAAGAAGCGGCGGCGGAGACGGCGAUUGACUACUACCACAGAAACCCUAACAUCACCACCACUGCCCACUCUUUCCUCUGAUAUAGUUGCGGAGAUUUUGUGUAGACUUCCCGUCCAACACCUCUUAAAACUCCGAUGUAUCUGUAAGUCAUGGAAAGCUCUCAUCUCUGAUAACAAAUUCAUCGAGAAACAUCUUAUCAUGUCAAAGGCUUCCCGAGACCGCCACCAUCUCACUAUUUACCCUAGGAUCGACUCACAUGAUCUGGAACUUUGGGAUUCCAUAAUUCCCACUGUUUUCAGCAGCACCAUGUCAUCCUCUACGGUUAAGCAGACCAGACUAUGGUGCCCUAAUGUUUUCAACAAUUUUGUAUAUCUUUGCUCUUGCGACGGUAUCCUUUGUUUCACUAUUAUGUAUCGUUCAGUUCUUUUGUGGAACCCUUCCAUUAGAAGAUUCUAUAUAUAUCCACCUUUGCCAAUUAAAGAUGAACGACGCGAAUCUGAAUAUAGUUUUGGAUAUCAUCAUUUCACUCAGAGUUAUAAGAUUGUUGCUGUUACUAACUUUCGUGCAAAAAGAAAAAAUGAAGUUAGGGUUUAUACUUUGGGUAUGGAUUCUUGGAGGAGGAUCAAAGACUUGCCAUAUUCUGACUUCAUUAUUAGACCAGGAGUAUUUGUGAGUGGUACCAUUACUUGGUUGGUAUAUGAUGCCACUAUUACUUCUAAACAUUUCAUUAUUUCGCUUGAUUUUGAGAACGAGUCCUAUCAAAAGCUUUUGCUGCCAAAUGUGGAGACGGAUACUUGUAUGUUGGGGGUUUUGAGAGAUUUCUUGUGCAUAUCUGCGAGUACCGAUAUGUUUGUGGAUGUUUGGAUUAUGAAGGAAUUUGGAAAUAAAGAGUCGUGGACUAAAUUGUAUCAGGUUCCUUAUUGCACAGGAGUUCGGGGUCUCUAUCCCCGCCACAAGGCUUUAUAUAUUUCGAAUGAUGACCAAUUGUUAAUGAUUUUUCGAGAUUCGAGGCAAUUGAAGUUGGGUGUCUAUGAUUUCAAAAGUGGUACUUUUAAUAUGUCCAAGAUUGAAAGCUUUAAUAGUGAUUACAUGGAUCCAGAAGUCUAUGUUGAGAGUUUGAUAUCACCUUGUUCUUAG